GACUGACAAAACCAAGACAUUUCAAAAUUCGAGUUCAAUAUUCCGAAAUCAAAAAGGGCUCGUUUCACGGUUUUCCGUACUGUGCAGAUUUAGUGUUCACUUGUUUUAAUUAAUUAUUGGAAAUGGCUGGAGCUGUAGCUAAAAUACCGUCGUUAAUUAACACGGCCCUCUCUGAAGCUAGACCUAAAUUUGCAAUUUUUAUGAAAUACGCUAAGGUUGAGCUUGCACCUCCUAAGCUAAACGAGAUCCCUCAAAUAAAAGCUGGUAUUAGUAAGUUGUUGUCCAGUUUUAAGUCUGGUGCAUGGAAGCAGCAAACAGUUAAACAGGCUACUCUUAACACCCUUGUUGGAGCUGAAGUGCUUUUCUGGUUCUAUGUUGGAGAAUGUAUUGGAAAGCGUCACAUUGUCGGAUACAAAGUCUAAUUUAUUCUAACUUAUGCACUGUAGAUAUUAUGUUCAAUUAAAUUGCUGAAAAAUC